AUGAAAGUUUUUAAACUGUUGAUUUCAUAUAGCCUGAUGUUUGCUGUCAUCUCAACCUUGUUGUUGUUAGUCAGUUUGAUUCUAUAUUGCAAAAAUUCAGUGCAAGAAGUAAAACGUUUGGCAUUUAUAAAUGGUUAUGUUGAUUCAAUGGUAUGCACAUACUUUUAUGGCUAUUUGAAAAAAAUAAUUCCUGAUCAAGGAACUGGAACAGGAGGUUUAUAUGACAAAAUAAUGAUCUACAAAGAAAAACAAAACCUUACCGAUAAAGAUUUUCCGUUUCAUAAAAUCUUCAUUAUUAUAUGUGCAUCCGGAUUUGUUCCACCUACCCUUGAAAAGAUAGAUAACAAACGGAUCGAAGCUAGAAAGCAUUUAGAUCCGUUGGUUUUAAAUAAUGCUGGAAUAAAUGGUCGACGUUAUACGACAGCUGUUUACAAGGUCAAGUACCGCAAUUUAAAGGAUCACAUUACUGUUGCCAUGGAGGGUACUCCUCCAUUACUUACUCUGUCGGACGCUUCUGCAGAAGAUCCAGAACUAAAAAAUAACAAGAAACAAAUCAUUGAAAUGUUUUAUAAAAGAUUAUCAAAGAAAUUGGCUGAAAAUGCAGAAUUUGCAAAUUCUUAUGAGGUUGUAUUUUACAAUGAUGACCCUAAUAAGCCACCUACAUUAGCAGAUGAAAUUAUCCUUAGACAUAUCCAAAAGGGUUUGUUGCCACAAGGAGCCAUGGAUUAUUAUUUUGAUCAAAUCUCAUUUAAAAUUUCAGGUAUUCAUUUACAUAUUGAGGGGUGUGGCUCCAUUAAACUUUCUGAUUAG